AUGGUGUUGAUGGAAGUAGAGUCAGAAGGAGGUGUGUUGCUUUUUCCCGCCUACUUCGACCAGCCUGUUUUUCUUUUGUGCUCACUUUUUUCUCUUCCUCUUCUCUCCCUCUUUUUAAAGAGGCAGAUCGAGGUAGGAGCACCUUCUCCAUUUCCACCUUUUGCUGCUGCUGCUGCUCCAGUUGAGGCUCCUUCUGCUGCAUUUCCUGUACCUUUUCCUGCUGCUUCUCCUGUUGGCUCCGAAAAGUCACAAAAAUGCGUGUCGAUAAUCAUACUCAUAUCCGCACUUUUGGCAGCCGUGGAAGAGAACGAAAGCUUGACAACUCGAAUGCUGGCUGACGACUUCAAUGUGAACCAUUCAACCAUCGUUCGUCGUCUCAAAAAGCUCGGAAAGAUAAAAAUGGUAGCAAAUUUUUCUCAACUGAAUUAUUCAAAUGAACAUCCACCGGUAAAAAAGAAAUGUGCAUGA